AUGACUGGAGGGAGUAUGUUGGCGAGCCCAUUGAUGAGAAUGUUGACGGUCGGAGCUGCCCUUGCAGCAUCAGUCCCCGUAUCAGUUCGGGUCUUUACCGGUUCAUCGGCACUCGACGCCUCAGCAGAGCCAACAUCAAAGAUUCUCAACAUCCAGAAGUUGCUCCCACCCUUGUCUCGUAAGGAGGUUGGCACCAUCCGUUGCAUCGGCCUUAACUAUCGCAAACAUGCCAAGGAGAUGGACCUCGACUUGCCGGAACAUCCUACGCUGUUCUUUAAGCCGGCAAGCUGUUUGAACGCAUCGAAUGCGCCACUUCUUAUCCCGCAUCAAGCCACAGACGCCCAAGCAGAUUACGAGGCCGAGUUGGCCGUUGUUAUCGGUCGCGACGCAAGAAACGUCGGCGUUGAGGAUGCCAUGAACUAUGUCCUGGGGUACAUGUGCUCCAACGAUGUAACGGGCAGGAAACACCAAUUCGCCGGCGCGCAGUGGGGCUUCGGCAAGGGCUUCGACGGUUUCGCUCCGAUGGGCCCGUGUAUCGUCAGUACCAGCAGCAUUCCGGACCCUUCUGUCAUUGAGUUGAAGACAGUACUCAAUGGGCAAAUCAUGCAGGAAGGCAGAGGAGAUGACAUGAUCUUUUCCAUUGCCGAGAUUGUGGCCUAUUUGUCUCAAGGCACGACAUUGGAAGCCGGCACCGUGAUCAUGACUGGGACGCCUCAUGGUAUCGGCGUGAGCAGGACUCCACCAGUGUUCUUGGCGCCUGGGGAUGAUCUUCGAAUCGUCAUGAGCCACGGCCUUGGGAGCCUUGUGAACCGAGUGGAGUAUGAAGAUAAGCCACUGAAGAUAGCGAAUGGGUUCAAUGGUGUGAAGGCAGUUAAUGGUGUAAACGGUGUGACCGAAGUCAAGGUUAACGGGUUCCACUAA